AUGUCCUCACGCCGCGAUUCGCCACCCCACAACUACAGGCGCGACCGCAGUCGCUCGCCCGCCGCCGGAUCCAGGCGACACGCCGAUUCAGGUGGGUUCGACCUCACCUCCUCGCUGACCCAAGCAGACCGCGCACCCGCAUCGAGGGACUACCCAGACUCACGUAGCCGCGACUCUCGUGACCCCCGCGACAACCGUCCAGCCGGAUACGCCCGCGACCCGCGCGAGCGUGAUGGCCGAGACAGGCGGUAUGCCGACACGGAGGACGACUACCGUCGUGAGCGCGGUGCCGGAGGAGCCGGGUCGCGCCGCGAUUACGGUCGAGAGAGGGACGACCGUGACUACGACUAUGGACGCGGAGGUGGAGGCGGCCGUGAUGGAGGAGGCAGGGAUGAGAGACGAGGUGGAGGAGGCUAUGGCGGCGGAAGGGAUGGUGGACGGGCUGGUGGCGACUAUAACCGUCCCCUCGACCGCCGGGCUAUUGAGGAAGGCCGUAGGCGGCGUGAGGAGGAGCGUGCGCGUGGUGUCAAGUACGCCGAUGACGGGUCCAAGAUUGAGCCAGAAGCCGACGUCGACACGUCUGCAGAUGCUACUCCAGCCCCAGAAGAAGAGAUGGACGAGGACACGGCCGCCAUGGCGGCCAUGAUGGGCUUUGGUGGUUUUGGAACUUCAAAGGGCCAGGAGGUCGAGGGCAACGCCGACGUCGGUGGUGCGAAGGUCAACGAGAAGCGUACUUGGCGCCAGUACAUGAACCGUCGUGGAGGCUUCAACCGCGCCCUAGGACCCAUGAAGUAA